UAGUUGCGGUGUGUGAAAAACCAAUUCAAGGGAAGUAAGCGUCGUUGACCGGAAUACGAUCCACACAGAAUGUCAACACCGUCACCGAGAUCGGUUGCCGUUGCCGUCAGUGGCGGCUCCGGCGCCGCCAAGGGUAGCCGGCGAGCCGUGCAGUGGGCGCUGGACAACCUCGUCCCUCAAGCCGAUAGGUUCAUCUUAGUUCACGUCAUCCCCAGAAUCACUUCAAUUACAACCCCAACUGGAGAUUAUAUUCCCAUUUCAGAAGUAGAUGCCGAUGUGUUUGCAGCUUAUGUGGAGGAUGUGAAACAAAAGUCUGAACAAAUCUUUGUUCCAUUCAAGGAACUCUGCGAUUCCAACUUGAUGGAAACCAUACUGCUAGAAGAUGACAAUGCUGCAAAUGCACUUCUUAGCUUUAUUUUGGAGUCGGGGGUCCAAAUAUUAGUGCUUGGUUCUGACUCCUCAAAUUUUAUAACAAGGAAGCUAAAAGGACCAGGGAUACCAACUCCCAUUCUAAGAUAUGCUCCUGAGAGCUGUGAUGUAUAUGUUGUAGCAAGAGAUAGAAUUAUAUCGAAGUUAGCUGGAUUUUCAUCUUCACAUUCUCAUGAGGCAAGUUCAAGGUACUUCAUGUCUACGAAAGUAAAUAAAGUAGACAAUGGUGCUGGCAUUAGUAGAGAAAUGUCUGGAAUUAAUUCAUCCUCAGCAGAACCUAAACUACUAAAAAAUUUCAGAUUUUUAUCAAUAUCAGAGCGGAGUUAUGUUGGUCUGAAGACAUCUAGUCGUAGGAAUUCUUUUGAAAAUUCUACCAAAAAUGAAGAAGAAAAUACAGAAAACUGUGGAGAUGAUAUUGACACUUUCAACCUCCACUCGUUUGAUUCCAUUACAUCGGCACAACGUGAACAGUUUAUCAUGCAAGAAGAAGUGGAACGGCUGCAGAUGGAGUUGCAGAAUACUAUUGCCAUGUACAAACAGGUUUGUGAAGACCUGGUUCAAGCUCAAAACAAGGCCCUUUUACUUACUUCUGAAUCUCUUGAAGAAGCUAAAAGAGUAAAUGCUUCCCUGAAAAGAGAGGAGAUAUUGAGAAAGAUUGCUGCUGAAGAGAAAACAAAAUAUUUGAAAGUCAUGAAAGAACUAGAGGAGGCAAAAAGUAUGCUUGCCAAAGAGUCAUACGAAAGACAGAUGGCUGAACUUGAUAUUCUUAAAGAAUCAAUAGAAAAACAGAGAAUUGUUGAUACGUUGCUCUCAAAUGACAGGAGAUACAGAAAGUACACCAUGGAUGAAAUCAAGAUAGCAACAAAGUUCUUUGCUGAGGACUUAGUAAUUGGUGAAGGAGGAUAUGGGAAAGUUUACAAGUGCAAUCUUGAUCACACACCAGUAGCUGUAAAGGUUCUGCACCAGGAUGCAAUCAACAAGAGAGAGGAGUUUCUGAAAGAGGUUGAGAUUCUUAGUCAACUACAUCAUCCUAAUAUGGUUUUAUUACUUGGAGCCUGUCCUGAGAAUGGUUGCCUUGUUUAUGAAUACCUGGAAAAUGGAAGCCUAGAAGACUAUCUUCUCAACAAAAAUGGAAAACCACCACUUCCUUGGUUUUCUCGAUUUCGUGUAGUUUUUGAAAUGGCUUGUGGGCUCUCAUUCCUACAUAAUUCAAAGCCAGAACCUAUUGUUCAUCGAGAUAUAAAACCUGGCAAUAUCCUUUUAGACAGAAAUUAUGUAAGCAAAAUUUCAGAUGUUGGGCUAGCUAAACUUCUUUCAGACGUGGUGCCUGACAAUGUAACAGAGUACAGAGAAUCAAUGCUUGCUGGUACUUUGCACUACAUGGACCCUGAGUAUCAGAGAACAGGCACUGUCCGACCAAAAUCAGAUGUAUAUGCUUUUGGAGUCAUAACUCUCCAAUUGAUAACUGGUGGCCAUGCACGUGGACUCAUUCUGACUGUUGAAGAUGCAAUUAGAAAUGGCUCCUUCCGUGAUAUAUUAGAUAAAUCAGCUGGGAAUUGGCCACUGGAUGAGACAGUGGAAUUGGCUAAAGUUGCCCUUCAAUGUGCUGCACUUAGAUGCAGAGAUAGACCAGAACUUGAUACUGAAGUUCUUCCACUGCUCAAAAGACUUUCUGAUGUGGCAAAUGUUAGUGCAAGGAGGGGAAGAAAUAGUGCAAGAGCACCAAGCCAGUAUUAUUGUCCAAUCCUUCAGGAAAUCAUGGAUGAUCCAUAUAUUGCUGCGGAUGGUUUCACUUAUGAGUACAGAGCAAUCAAGGCAUGGCUCAGCAAACACUGUGUGUCCCCCAUGACAAAGAUUAAACUCCAGCAUUCUACGUUGACUCCAAACCAUACUUUACGUUCUGCCAUUCAGGAGUGGAAGUCUGGAGUAACCCCUUUUAAUUAGCAAGCAGUGAAUUCCUUACCGCUCCUCUCAACCUAAUUUUGCUUGCAGCAUAUAAAAAACUGUCAGAAUUUCAAUUGUACAGAAGGUUUGUAAAACAAAUUUGGUAAUUUAUCUGCACGCGCAGCCAUUUUUUUCCUAGGUUGUAUAUAACCUUUUCUUGAGCCGUUGUAUAAAGCCCGAAUUAAAAUGAAGUUUCUUAUUAUUAUAGAUGAAAUAUUAAGUUAUUCGUUUACAUCAAGACAUUAUUCCAUCAUUGGAGUAUUCAAUCAUAACAUAACGGACUAUUGUUUGCUUUAUUUUGUGAGGUUAAUUACUUUACCAAUGGGAACAUUUUGUAAUUCACAAUGACUUUUCAAACGUUUUAUUGGAAUGACAUUAGUCUUGUGAUGGU